AUGACUACUCCAAAUGGAUUUCCACUGCACUCAGGGGCACAUGUUACUCGGAGCAUGGAGGGUGGAGCAGUGCAGGACUUGCAUGCUAAGAAAGCUGGUAAAGCAGUUAAGGAGGCUGGGGGCAAUGGGCUGCUUACCUUUGAAGAUCCUACAAGGGUAGGCACAUCUUUAAAUGAAGCCUUAAAGCUUCUACCAGGUGAACUCAAAGCUAAUAUGAAAAUUAAAUCCAUCACUCCACGGCCUCCUCGGAAGCCCCGGCUAGAGCGCGCUGCGUCUUUGGAUGAGAAAAGCUGGAGGAGGUGGAGGCGCUUCAGGACCAGCCAGGAAAGCCUGACUGAUCCCAAUGAGACAAGUUCCUCAAAUGGCUCUCUGCAGGAAGCAUCCCUCAGCCCUCCCGUCAGGGGCAGGGCGAGCCCCUGGCAUCAGUGCUGCCAGCAGAAUUCCUUGCACAGUGGUUCAGCGGAUGCCUCAGAAGCCAGUCCUGUGGGCAAGAGCAGAGGAGGAGGCAGCUCCGAGCUGGGGAAACGAGCUUCUGAGAUCUCCAGUGCCUUUGGUGGCCUUCUGCGGGGGAAGGCAUUCGCAGGCGGCAAGCCCCGGCUGGCCCAAAUACUGCCAGCUCGACCUCUGCCACCCCUGGAGCUCAAUGUGGCCUCUCACACGCUGAGGACAGCUAAUAGGAUUGACUCAGAUUGUGUGGAUUACCAACAUUAUUCUCAGCACAAGUUUGGGAGGGUGAGCAGCAGCUUGAGCGACACCAGGCUACAUGGCAAUGGCAUGGUCUGUGACAGCUGCUCCACAGACUCCAUGAAAUCUACGUUUAGCCUCCUCACUCCCAUUCGCUCCAAGGAUGUCAGAAGCAGAAGCUAUUUGGAAGGCAGCCUUCUGGCAAGUGGUGCCUUACUGGGAGCAGAAGAACUUAGCAGAUAUUUCCCUGAUCGGAAUAUUGGAAUUUUUGUGGCCACCUGGAACAUGCAAGGUCAGAAGGAACUUCCAGUAAACCUGGAUGACUUCUUAUUACCAACAGAUCCUGACUAUGCCCAGGACAUGUAUGUCAUUGGGGUUCAAGAAGGCUGUCCAGACAGAAGGGAGUGGGAGAUCCGCCUGCAAGAGACGCUGGGCCCCCACUACGUCAUGCUCUACUCCGCUGCGCAUGGGGUGCUGUACAUGUCAGUCUUCAUCCGCAGGGACCUGAUCUGGUUCUGCUCAGAAGUGGAGUAUGCCACGGUGACAACUCGGAUUGUAUCCCAGAUCAAAACCAAAGGAGCUCUGGGAAUCUGCUUCACGUUUUUUGGGACCUCCUUUCUCUUCAUCACCUCCCACUUUACAUCUGGGGACAGUAAGGUGAAUGAGAGGAAACUGGACUACAAUAAAACCAUUCAAGCCCUUACACUCCCCAAGAACGUUCCAGACACAAACCCUUAUCGGUCCAGUUCCAAUGAUGUCACAACUCGGUUUGAUGAAGUGUUCUGGUUUGGUGACUUCAACUUCCGACUCAAUAAGGAUCGGGAGACUGUGGAUUCCAUCUUGAACCAGAACCCAGGAACAGAUGUGUCCAGGCUCCUGGCCUAUGACCAACUCACUAGUGAAAUGAGCAGAGGCUCUAUUUUCAAAGGAUUCCAAGAGGCUGACAUUCAUUUCCGUCCUUCAUACAAGUUUGACAUAGGAAAGGACAGCUAUGACACCACUUCCAAACAAAGGACUCCUUCCUACACGGAUCGAGUUGUGUACCGCAGUCGGUACAAAGAUGACAUCCAGGCUGUCAGGUACUCCUCGUGUCCUGUCAUCAAAACCUCCGACCACCGGCCUGUGUUCGCCCUCUUCCGUGUCAAAGUGAGGCCUGGCAGAGACAACAUUCCACUUGCUGCAGGGCAGUUUGACAGAGAACUCUAUUUAAUUGGAAUAAAGAGACGGAUUACAAGGGAGCUUCAGAAACGGCGAGAGCAAAAGGACCAAAGAUCCAGCAGCAUCUGUAGCAUUUCCUGA